AAGUCUGCUUCUUUAAAUAUCUGCGACUAUUUAACACCCCAACUAUUUAGUUUUCGGACUAGCCAUUUUAACCUGACAGUGACGCCCAGUAUCUCAGAUCGCCCGGCGUGCCAGAGAUGCUCAUAACCCAUGCGCGCAAUUAGCAGUUACUGCAACGCAGCAUCCAGAGGACCGACGAGCGCAACUCUGUUCCCAACAUCACCGCGCGCAUCCCGGAUGACUGAUCUAGAUGCGCAAUGAUCGAGUCACGGUUUGUCUUUCCAUCCACUGUCCGAAACGAAACUCACGGUUUAACACGGAUGCUGCAUCUCUUUAAUUAUUCAUGACUCUCGUGUUUGUUUUGGAUGGGGAUAAUCUCCAGAUCGGUGUAUUUUCAAUGAACGAUAUGAAUGUGACGUGUUGCCGUUUUCUGAAGGAGAAGAGCCUCCGCUCCGUUACCGGUGAGCGGGAUCGGGCGUGUAUCGGACCCUGAGCAUCUUUUCUCGCCACGGGACUAUUGCGCGUGGCCCUCUCCUGUUGAUCGUUAAGGAAUCCACAUAUGAUGUAAUUGAAAAGGCAUGAACUGGGCAUUUUUGUAAGGAUUGACGCUUGCUAAUCCCUUUGAGUCGUCUUUAGAUCAACUCAACACGUCGAAAAGCUCUUGGUAUGGCUGCAAAGCCCUCAGAUCCGGGGUCAGUUUCCAUACCCAUGAUGGACACCAAGCGUCCUGAUGGUACUCCUCAAGAUGCUGCCUUGCUGACUCACCUAAAGAAAGUGGAAAACCACAUCACAGAGGCGCAGAGGUUUACUCAUCUGCCGCGGCGUUCAGCGGUGGACCUGGAGUUUACCGAGAUCUCCUACACCAUCCGCGAAGGUCCCUGCUGGAGAAAGCGAGGAUAUAAGGCCCUUCUGAAAUGUCUCUCUGGAAAGUUCUGCAGUCGAGAGCUUAUUGGAAUCAUGGGACCGUCUGGGGCUGGCAAAUCCACUCUCAUGAAUAUUCUCGCUGGCUACAGAGAGACGGGCAUGAAAGGUCAAAUCCUGGUAAAUGGAAGACCCCGUGACCUCCGCACCUUUAGAAAAAUGUCAUGUUAUAUCAUGCAAGAUGACAUGCUACUGCCAAAUCUCACAACACGAGAGGCAAUGAUGGUCUCCGUUAACCUCAAACUUAAUGAAAACAUGGAGGUAAAAAAAGAACUGGUGAAUGAGAUCCUCACAGCAUUAGGACUGCAGGAGUGUGCCCAUACUCGUACUAUCUCUCUGUCUGGUGGCCAGUGUAAGCGGCUGGCUAUUGCUCUGGAGCUUGUCAAUAACCCCCCUGUCAUGUUCUUUGAUGAACCCACCAGUGGUCUAGACAGUGCAUCCUGUUUCCAGGUGGUGUCCCUAAUGAAAUCUCUAGCUCAGGGAGGAAGAACUAUCAUCUGUACCAUCCACCAGCCCAGUGCUAAACUCUUUGAGAUGUUUGACAAGCUUUAUAUACUGAGUCAAGGUCAGUGCAUAUAUAAAGGGACGGUACCUUACCUAAUCCCCUACCUGAAAAGUCUUGGACUCCACUGCCCAACAUAUCACAAUCCUGCAGACUUUAUAAUUGAGGUCGCCUCAGGAGAGUAUGGGGAUCUGAACCAUGUGCUCUUCGAGGCCGUUCAGGGAGGCUUGUGCUCGGAUGAGAGCAAGAAAAACUCCAUCGACAAGAAUGACCCCACAUCUCCCUCCCAAUGUUAUAAUGAUUCAGGUCAUAUUGAGAAACACACAUUUGCUACCAGUACCUUCACACAGUUCUGUAUUCUCUUUAAGAGAACCUUCAUCACUAUAUGCAGAGACACGGUAUUAACCCACCUGAGGGUGAUGUCGCACUUGUUUAUUGGUGUGCUGAUUGGUCUGCUGUACCUGAACAUUGGAAAUGAUGCUAGCAAAGUGUUUAACAACACCGGCUUCCUCUUUUUCUCUAUGCUGUUCCUCAUGUUUGCUGCACUUAUGCCCACAGUCCUCACAUUUCCACUGGAGAUGUCUGUGUUUUUAAGGGAGCAUCUUAACUACUGGUACAGUCUAAAGGCAUAUUACCUGGCAAAGACUAUGGCGGACAUUCCAUUUCAGAUAAUAUGUCCAAUAAUGUACUGCAGUAUAGUGUACUGGAUGACAGAACAGCCUCCAGAAGUGGGCAGAUAUGUUCUCUUCAUGGCCCUGUCCACCUCCACUGCUCUGGUGGCUCAAUCUCUAGGACUUCUGAUUGGAGCUGCAUCCACCUCAUUGCAGGUCGCCACAUUCAUAGGUCCAGUCUCUGCCAUCCCAGUCCUUCUGUUCUCAGGCUUCUUUGUCAAUUUUGACACCAUUCCUAAAUAUCUGCAGUGGAGCUCCUAUUUGUCAUACGUCAGGUAUGGCUUUGAGGGAGUGAUCCUUUCUAUCUAUGGCAUGAAUCGCUCAGAGCUGGAGUGUCCAGGCAUAGUGUGUAAGUUCCAGAAGCCAGAGGAGGUACUGCAGCUCCUCGAUGUGGAGGAUGCGAAGCUCUACGUGGACUUCAUUGUGUUGGGGGUCUUCUUCAUAAUUUUAAGACUUGCCACCUACCUAGUCCUGCGCUAUAAAGUCAAAUCAGAGCGUUAGGGGUAGAGCUUAAUCUUACACAUACAUCUCAUUUUACAGACAUAGAUAUAAUAUGCAGACACACACACAUAGACUCAUAACGCACAUAACAAUUCUUCAAAGAAUGCAGAAACCAAUGCACAUUGAUACCGGGGCCAUAGUUUGGCAGUGCAACAAUUAUGCUCAGUUUUUGUUACUUGAAAACGUUUUAAAUUCUCAGAUGAGUAUAAAAUAGUAAAUUAAAAUAUUUUUACGUUCAUUUUCCUUUUUUUGAAUGUAUUACAUGCAGUUUAACUUUGUAAAUGCAUUGUACCCUAAUGUGACUGAAGCAUGCUGACAGCUCUGGAUCUAAUGACAAUCCCAUGACAAUCCCUUCAUAGCAUGUGGAUUGGCCAACAGCCAACAUAUGAACAUACCUCUUUAUACCACAUUGAGGGAUAGUCAUAUCGUCUUAUAGUUAAUGAACUUUAUUCAGGCCCUGCUAAAGUGUUUUGGAAGCGAUUGUUCUGCAUGCCUGAGGUACUUCAAUCAAACUGUACUGGGGAUGAGCAACAGCUGAUCCAAGAACUGUGCCGAGCUUGAAAUACAAGUUGUCCAACCAGCGUAUCUUCAAUUUAUUUAUUUACUUUUUGUCUUCCGUCGAUACCCUGCGCUUCUGCAGAAGUUAAUCCAGCAAUGUUACUAUUAUUAUGAUAACCCGCUGAAUUAAAAAACAAACCACUUUCAGUUUUGGCAAAGUUCUGGGCAAAGAAUCCUAAAACCAUUUGAGGAAUGUUGUAGCAAGUGCCCUUGAUGUGAACUGCCUGUAUUUUUUCUGAGGGAGAACUGAAAUAUCUCACUGUCAGUAUCAAAAUCACUCGUCCUGUUACCUUGAAUUUCUGGACAACUGCCUGUGUGGACUCUCAAGAGAAAUGGCCAUACGUUCUUCUUAUUAUUUUCAUCAGCAGGGAUGUACCUUGAACUUGAAAGUUCCUACAAUGACCAAAAAGGUGAAGAACUUCAUGUGAAUUGGGACCGAUCAGACAAGCACCUUUGAACAAGACGUAUGACAAAAUAAUGUAUGAUUUAAGACGUGAUGUCACUCUCUGAAUGUCAAAUUGGGUCUAGCUGGCCUAUUUCUUUCUGCUUUUUGUGACUGUUCCCUGAACACUUGAACUACACUGCUGCAGAUGUCAGCCUUUCUCAACAUUUGCAGUUAAAUGAGUGACACGAUUACACACCUGACCAGGAAUGUGUGUUAUGAAAAACAUGGAAUGCUGGCUGAACAAUUUAUACGUCUUUAGUGGUAUAAAGUCCUUAUAACCCGGAUGGAUGAAUCUACGUCUCUUGUUUUCACCUGUAUGUACACUUCUUGCUACUGUACCACUUAGACAGGCUACUCAAUAUUGCAAUGCAAUGCAAACAUUUUCACAGAGGACUCAGUGUUACUUCUAAAUAUUUCUGCUAUGUGUUAUGUCUCCUUAUAUAUUGACGAAUACUAAUAACCUGAGAAUAUAUACACACGAAGAAAGUAUGUGUUAUGCUUCAAGCAAAUUGUAAAUACAUGUAUGCACUUUUGUUGAUUGUUAAUCAAACUUUUUGCACAUUAAUUUAUAAUUUUUAUUUUUAUAUUCCGUAAAUAUGACAUGCACUCCUGGAGUGUCGUGACUGCACUCUAAAAAAAAUGCUGUGUUAUUUUCAAUCAAAAAGGGAUGAACCCAACC